GUGACCCAAGUGGACAUUCCUUUCAGCUUUCAUUGCUCUUGUGGAAACCAAUUCUAAACCAUAUUAAUUUUUUUCUUUGUUUUUGGAAAUGUUUAUCUUAAUCCUAUUGUCCUGUUUUACCAUCAUGGUAUCUACAGUACCAGUCCGUCCUAAUGUCCUUCCUCCCCUUCUUUCACAAGGAAGAGCCACUCAAAUUCAGACAGUUCAAUCUGUUGAAGCCACAAACCAGAAACCUGACUCUCAGACUCCAGCCCCGCUUUCCCCUAUUGUGGAGCAACCACAGCCUGGGGUCCCCCAGCAACCGGGUCCCCAGGGUGGCCCCCAGUUCCUGUCUCCCACACAACACUACACCUGGUUUCCACUAGGGGGCAGUCCAAUGAUCAUUCCAAUGCAGCCGGGCGUCCACGGAUCUCAGCCUGCUUACCAGCCGACACUCCCACAGCAACCUCUGCUGUUCCCUCCUUAUAGAUACUUUCCUCUUUUGUCAUCACCCUAUAGGAAUCAACCGUAUCCCCCAUAUGGAUUCGAAUUGAUUCUUGAAUCACCUCUUCCACAAACUCCAGCAAAUCAACCUCCGAACAAUCCAUUGUUACCUGCAGAGACACCUUUAGGAGCUGUUCCUUCAGGAAAUGCACUUCAGCCAAUGCCGCAACAACAGAAUCCCCAAAUUGUAUACAUGCUCCAGCAACACAUGAACUCUCCACUUGGCAGUCUAAGCUCAGAGGAACUUGAGAUGGCAGCUAAAAUGGGCCAGCUGGGUGUGUACCUGUCCACUGUGCUCGCAAACUCACCUGCAGCAGCCGUUCAGCCUGUGAACCAGGCUGCUGGGCUUGCAAACCCAGAACAGCAAGGCAUUGUGCCAACUGUGAUGACUUCAUCAGCCGGAUUCCCACAGACACCAGGACUGGCCAGCUCUGGGCCGCGGCCGAACACUAACGGGGUCCCUGUAGGUUUGCAGAGACCAGUGGAGGAGGAGGCAGCCACUGUCCAAACACCUGCUCAACCCAAACUCCAACCCACACAGGGAAACCUUGUCUGAGACUGCAGCCACCAGCAGAGAAAACUCAUAACAUACGGAGAGAAACAACUAAACAUGUUAUUGAUGAACUCCAUAGACUAACAAUGUGUCAAUGAAGUUUCUCAUGCAUUACAUUUUAGCUUAGCAAUUUACUAACUGUGAACAUUUUGUUUCAUUUAUUACCAUUAUUGUUUUUUUUCUUUUUAUAAAUAAUAUCAAAUAAAAAUGAAGUCAGAUUAAACCCGAAUUGUUUCAUCUUCUCAAAUAACGUGAAUACAUUGCUUGUUUUAGUUUAAAUAUAUUCGUAUCUUAAACCUGCAUUACAUGAUUGCCCACUUGGGAGCACUGAAAACAAGCUGUGAACACAAUUUUGACAUAUUAUCACAUUUUAAGUUAUGGUCAACGUGUCACACA